CUAUCUUGAUCAUUAUCAUAAGGUUCAUUACACAAAGGCUCGAUCCAACGUGAUUCAUCUCUACCCUCAAAUCCUCUCUGACUCAUAACGCUUCAACGACUAGUAACGACUCUUCAACAUCUCUGGAUUUUGAAUUUAAAAGAAAACGGAAAAUUACUUUUAGGCUUCCAUUUUUUCUCUCGAUCAUCUUAAAAAGACCAAAAUACCGUCAACGGUUGUUACUUUUUAUUUGGGAGACCUUCUAAAUCGGUUUAAGUGAUUUAAAAAGUAAUUAAAUCAAUCUAAAAAACUAUGAACUACAGUUAAAUGCCGUUAGGCAAACGAGCAAAAAGAGAAGUUUUGGAAGGGUGAAGAGUAAUUUUCCCAAAGGCAUGAGUAUAUUCAUAAAAAAUUGGGCCCAAAAGUGGAUCUUGAAAUAAAAGCCCACCAAAACUAAAAAAGCCCAAACUCCUCAUCAAGAAGACAAAGAAAGAAGCAAACGAGAGAAUUACAACAAAACUCAUUUCCUUCAUUCUUUCUUCUUCUUGCAUUUUGAUCUCUUCUUGAAAACCAUUUUCAUUUCUCUCUCUCUCUCUGCAAACAAACUGGUUUAUGGCAAAAAACAACAAGUAUGCAUCCAUCAACUUCAACCAUAUCUACGAUAACAAACCCAUAACAACCACCAAAACCAACAACGCUUCAAAGAACCCUUCUCUUUCAUCUUCUUCUUCCUUCUCAUCGGCUUCGUAUUCUGCUGUUUCCGCACCAAACAAACAUGGCCGAAUCCUCGUUCUAACCCGACCCACACCCAAACCCAUUUCACAUCCCACCCCUCCCGCACAAUCACAACAAUCCAAACCCAACCCGAUCCAGGCUCCUGUUUCUUCAGAUCGACCACGGUCUCAACCGGGACCAGAUUCAAUCUCGCUUCGUCCAUUGGGUCGAACCGGUUCUUUGUCGUCGGGUCUUUUACCGAACCCUGUUUUGAACGGCGAGAAAGAGAAGAGUUUGCCGGUGAAAAGUGGUAAAUUUGUGCCGCCGCAUCUUCGGCCAGGGUUUGUGCCGAGGGAGGAGUGUCUUAGGGAAAACUUGCGACCCAAGUCUGGCGGUAAUGAGAGGAUGAGGAAGGUUUCUGGGUCUGAUACGGGUUUUGGGAAUCGACCCAAUUCUAGUGGAUGAUCAUCAUCAUGAUCAUGAAUAGUUGAAUUCUUUUCAGAGGAUGAAGAUAAAAGGCAUUUUGUCAUGAUAAAAUGUCUGUGCAGAACAGUUAUCUGUACAUAUCCUUUGUCCCUCUGGAACUGACAUCAAUUUUCACAAGAUGGCAUCUCAAAUCAUUGAAGAUGAAACAUGACCUGAAGACAGAUUCUCAACACCUAACGUUGCGAUUUGUAACAAAAUUUGUAAUGAUUCGCAAGAUGAUUUGGUUCUUGUUUACCACUGAUGACAAUAGUGUAGAAUCUACGCACGUACAUAUUUUAAAUACCCUGCUAAACUUUUUCUACUGUAUUUUUUUUCUUUCUGGCAUGCCUUUAUACAUAGAGCAUGUGUUGUUUGAUUGAGAAGCAAUCCAAUCCUUUAGUUGUUUGUUGUA